GCCGAGCCUGCCCAUGUGAGUAUAUGAUCUGCAGGAACAUGUUUAAAAAGUAAGUCGCAAUUUUUUAGAGCAUUUACAGUUUCCGACGGUUUGCUUGAGGGUUGAUAUCUCGCGCUUUAUAUAGAUCCGGUGAUUUGAAUUGAUUUCUGAUUUAAGGAUGAAAAUAAUUUUUUUUCAAACCUCUUCUUUGCAAUACUUAUCAUCGGGAGAUUUCGGGUAGACCUAUCCUCCAUCGAAGAUACAAAUACCUCCAAAAUUCUGGCUGUGUUAGAUUUUGCUUUUAUUUUAAUUUUUCCCUCAUUAUUCUUGGUCCCGAAAUGUAUUAAAGACAAUUCGAUUCUCUAAUAAUCUUUAUAUAGCAUUAUUUGUCGACAAAAUUGAAAUUUUCUUUGAAAGAUUUCAGGCAAGAGAGUCUGUAUCAGGGGUAAGUCAAGUUAAGUCAUCUGUCCAGCGUGGGAUAAAAACCAAAUUGGUGGAUCAAUUCCCUCCUAUUGAUGAUUACAUAGCGCAAAUAUUUCCAAAAAAGGAACCCCUAGUUCUUGUGAAAUGGUGAGUCAAAUACCUUUAUUUGUUAGGAUUAUUCAAGAACAGUCUGUUAACUAUUUUUUAAAAUUUUUUUUAAAAGAUGAUUACUUGACAAUCACAUGAUAAUUGCAAGUAUCUGAUAACAGGCCAAUUAGGAAUGCCUUGCUCAUAACCUCAAAAGAAAUUUCGAAACAUUUAACCUUUUACACCCUAAUAUCAAUAUGUAUAUUCUCCAUACUGUUCAUCGUACAUUUCUUAAGGUGCUGACAAGGAGAAUUUGUUAAACAAUCAAGAGCUACUUCAGUUGGUGAUCAUUUCCCUUAUUCUUGUGACCUUCAUGUGUGAUUCAGGGAAGAUAUUGGGGGAGAAAUUAGUUGUUAGUCACUCUUAGGGGUGAAAGGGUUAGUUGGCAUCACUGUUGUUGGAGAUUUUUUAAUCACUCUGUAUUCAGCCACUUGAUAAAUAAUAAUUGAUUGAAAAAUAUACCUGUGUUAUAAGUAUAUAGCAUACUGAAUUAAAUCACUUGUCACAUUUCUAACACUGUGUAUUUUUUUUAUAGUCAUGAGCAUAUAGAAAUAUUAUCUGUCAACCAAGAGAUUCUUUUCUUCAGACAAAGAGAAGGAGAUUACUUACCAUCUCUUAGACUCUUACACAAAUGUAAGUUGCUUACUAAAAAAUUUAAUUUUAGGUUUAAUAUUGGGUGAACAGCUUUUUUUAAUUAUAUAAAUAUAAUUAUACAUACAUACAUUUAUGUAGAGGAAAAUUACCAGUGCUGGUCUUGUUGUUGCUGUUGUUGUUUUACUGGGUUCUCAACUGGCCAUAUAAAAAGGUUGGGUUUGGAGCCCUGAAAGUUUCUUUCUUGUCUAAUUUUCUGAAAGUGUGGAGUUUGAAAUAAAUAAAGAAUACUAGAUAUUUCACAUAGUUUAUUUCACUCCAUAGUUUCUGUAUUUCUGCCAGAAGAUGUGUUAUCAAAGUAAAUAGCAAGUGGUUUGAAAAAAAAAGAAUCAAAUACUUUAUUGUCACAUUUUAAGCCCUGUAAUUUUAUAAUGUUUCUUCCUUGCCUAAAGAAACUUAACUUAUGAUAUCUUUUUUUUCCUAGAUCCAGUCAUUUUACCUUGUCAACAAGUUGACAAAGGAGCAAUCAAAUUUCUACUUAGUGGUGCAAAUGUUAUGUGCAGAGGUUUGACCAGUCCAGGAGCAAAGCUUGCAGACUUGCCAAAGGGAGCAGUAGUUGUAUCCUUUCUCAGAUACUAGCCUGACCCUCCUUGUUAGGGUUUUCCUCUCUAUUUCUUACCCCCACUCCCUUCCUCCACCCCUUUCCUCAGUAAAUACAGAAAAAUAACAGGGGCCAGACUGCAGGGCUGUAGCCAUUAGAAAGGGGCAGGGUGGAGUAUACAAAUAAUAUAGAUGUAGGUUGGUGAGAAGUUUACCAAUGAGUUAUGUCAAGGGGGAGGGGUGUAGUUUUCAAAUGUCAAAGCUUUAGAUCUCUGUAUGUUCUGGUGUGGGCCCUUUUCUAUCUUUUUGAGUAUUUUCUCUUUAAAUUGUUUGGGUCUUUUCUAGUCAUUCUCUCUCAAGAAGAUGCUGACAGAUGUUCUUUCUCUUGCCCAAAGCUUUGGUCAAAAUCUGUAAAUGGAUUUUAGAAUACAGGAACCCUUAAGUUUUGAGGGAUUGUAGGUCCAAAGCUUCUAUCUACAAAUGGCAAGCUUUUUUGGGUGGUGAUAAGGAAGCUCCUGCUUGCUCCAUACCAAAGUAACGAGCUGUUUCCUUCAUGAGAAACUUUGAUAUUAGGGAUUGUUGAAUUGAAUAGAUUACAGAAUCACCCUUUGUCAUGACUUCCCAUAGAAUUAAUAAUUUGACAAAGCGGUAUUUUCAUCAAGCUGAGCAAUUUUCUUUCAUCCCCCUUUCUUCUUCUUUUCUAUGUUUUGUUUGCCUUUACUCAAGCUUAGGCAAUAACUGCGGAGGGAAAACAACAUGCUCUAGCAAUAGGAAAAAUGACAAUGUCUGCAGGAGAAAUGUAAGUGAGACCAGUACAGAUGUAGUAAUUAGGAGAAAUUGUUUUCUUUUAUUAGAUGAGGUAGGUGUUCUAUGAAAUUUUUUUUAAGAAAUUUGAACUUGGUGGAAAGCAAAAUAAGGGAAGGAAAACAAAAGGCUACAACAGACAAAAUCUCUUCUAAGGAAAGUGAAUUUUUGAGGAGAAGUACUCACCUUUUCAAUUUUUUAUUUUUCUUUGUGAAGCCACAUUUUUCAUGGUCUUUGAUUUCCUGGGUGAGAUUGUAUUCCUCAUGUAACAUGUGUAAUAAAAUAGUUCUGCCCAUAAAUGAGUGUCCUGUUAUUGUACCUGUUUUGUUUGAGUUUUGAUUGUUCUGUUGAACUGCUGUGAAGGAUGCUAUCUUCUAAUCACUUUGUCAUGUUCAUUUUGUUUUAUUUUUUUUUUACCUCGGCAGACGAGAUACAAACAAAGGAAUUGGUAUUGAGGUGAUACACUUCUUGAAUGAUGGACUUUGGCAAAUGAAGCAGUUGGAAAAAUGAUUAUUUAAACAAAUGAUGUGUAUAAAGAUGAAAGUUAAUGGACAUUGUUAAGUGCAAAUGUAAAACCUUCUCAAGAAUGUCUAUAGCAAUAACUUGCAAAGUAAUGUAUGAUAGUAGAGGAGAGAAUCAUUUAAAGCUGUUUUAAUGCACAUGAAUAUCAAUUAAAGAACAAUUUUGUUUUUUUAACUUACAUUUGAAUUUACCUCUAUCUAAUGUCUCUUUCUUAUAUUUAUUGGAUUUUGUUUAAUAUGUGAUUGACAUGUAAUACUCUCUGUAUUUGUACUCAUGAUACAAAAUAUAGUUUAUUGUUACAUCCCAGGGGUAAUUGUCCUAGGCAAAGGGUGAAUUAUUACCUAUCUGGCACCACCACCCCCCCCCAAUGCAAACCGGCAUACAGAGAGACAUGGUGAAAACAACUUUGAUGAGAUGAAAUAUGAGAGAAAAUGAUAUGCUCAUCUGGAAAUAACGGCAAGUGCCUUUACUUCUUAGCCUGUGAUUGUUGCAGAAAUAGGCCUGGGAUGAAUGAGUGCCCAUUUCCCUCAAGAGUCUGAAAGAUAUUCUCUGUUAGCACAAAUAGCAUAAACCUAGACGCAAAAAGCAUGGGUUCCUUUUUGAGGGUGUUUAUUGGAUUCCAUGUGGGGAGAGAUGUGAACAUUGUUUCAGUUGGGUUUCUUUUAGGAGUCUUACGUCUUUUUUUCGGUUUACUUUUUUGCACUACUGUGUGGACUCUUCUUCACCAGUCUCUGACGGUCUUGUGCAUGAUAAUGAGGUACCCUACAAAAGGCGGGAAUAAAUUUCAAGAUGGCGGAUGACAACAACGAAGUAAAAGACGAGCUUCCGAGGUGCUCGACGCUGUUCCUUUCAAAAGAUGGAUCACAAAUGCAAUUUUAUAUGACGCCUUGUGCAAUGAAAACCCGUUUGCGACCACUUAUACACGUAAGUUUCUUCGAAGAUCUUUUCAAGGAGCUCAACUCAUCUGGUUUCAAAUUCAAAGUUACAACGCGGUGCGUCAACGCUGGCAUAGUUUAUUUCUAUCAAUUGCAUUUGUUGUUGUGUUGAUACUCAACUUGUUGUUUUGAUGAAUGAUAUUCUUUCAGAAUGGAGGUGGUCAACUAUCUAGUAAAGUGUCAACCGACUCUAUCAAGUGAGUACAAUUCGUCAAACGAAAAUUAGAAAUUUUAAGUUAUCCAGUUUGCUAUGUUUAUGCAUCCGUGUUAUUAAAGGAAAGAAAACAGGAUCACAGAUGCUAUCUAAUUGGUUCAUUUGUGUUCGACUUAUAGGCUUGCUGUUCCUGGGACUGUCAGUAACUUGUCUGGUUAUUUCUCUACUGAGUACAUCUUCGACAGCAUAAAGCACAACAAACUACAAGAUAUGACCAAUUAUCGGUAAGUGCUUCGAGUAUUUUUAUCCACUUAUUUUAUUUAAGGCUAACUAGAGGUAUUGAAAUUUCUUCUGAAUUUGUGCAAAGAAGAAAAUGUGCCCAUGGUUGGGUCUUUUUAUGGAGUUCUGGGUUUCUGUCAUUUACAUUUACAUCUGUUUAUCAACAACCUCAACUGAUCCCUUCCUCCAACCUAUACCUGUUGCAUUACCUACAGAUAUUAGAGAAAUCUUGAUACAGGGUUCUUUCAACUCUUAAGCUCCUUCUCAUUUCUCCUUACAGUAUUGCCCUUAAAUCAAAUGUAAAGGUCAUGAGAAUAAAGGAAAUGAUUCCCAUUUAAGAAGCUCCUGGUUAUCACACAAAUUCUCCUUGUCAGUACCCCAUAGGAAAUGUAGAGGACAGUGUGGAGAAUAUGAAUACCAAUGUUAGGGUGUAAAGGGUAAUAAUGUUAGAUGUUAUGUCCCUUGGCAAGCCUGGAAAUAAGUUUUGUUCUGUAUUAGUUCUUAUUGGUCUGAGAGAGGGCAACUAGCUAGGCCAAGCUUUUGCCCAUAACAAUCUGAAAUUUACUGUAUGUUUCCUGAUGAUUAGCUGUUAUUUGUUAUCUUACCUGGCUUUUUAAGUUCCCAACACAUGACAAAAGAAAAAAAAGCAAAGCAAAACAAGAAACAGAUGGAUGAAACAUAUAGUCAUGUUGAUCAAAUGUUUUUUCUCUUGAUCAAGCAUUACAUCCCAGAUUGAAAGGAAACUUGAGGUUGAAAAUUCAGAAGGCAAGAUGAAAGUAAGGUAAGAUAUAGGCUAAUAUGUAGACAUGUAGCUAGGAAAUUCUUAGUAGUUCUGAUACUUAGAACUGUUUAAAAACUGCACUAUUGUAUAAUUAUAUUCAUGGUAAAAAAGGGCCAUUGGAGUUGUUAUAAUAUUUUUAUACUCCUAUUUGACUUUGAGAUAGAAGCAGUGUCACUUCAAUGGUAGAAUAUUUGGACCAAAUAAAUAAUUCAUGCUUUAAGAAAAAAUUGUUGUAUCAACAAAAGAUCUAUGUUCCUACAGGAAGCGGAAUGGACGAAUUGCAUAUACUCCUGAAGAGGAUUUGGCUUUGUUGGACUUCGUGAAUGAAUAUUUUACCUGCUAUCCUAUUGGAGGGAAUGCUCUGUACAAAAAGGCUGAAAAGCAAAAGGUGAGAAAGAAAAUCUUUACUUUUUUGUUGUUCUUUGUUGUCUCUCCUCUGGGGAAUGGGGUUACUAGUGUAGCAAGAUGAUGCAUAGCUGUAAAUACAAUUAUAAUGAUUUUGAUGUAGAUCGUAAAAUGAAGAGGUUUGAUGUCAGUUGUAAUGAUUAUUGUUGUUAUGGUUAAUGAUCACUCUCACCACUUGAAAGCUGCUAAGCAUGACAAAUUUUUUUAUUAAUAUGAAAUUUCAUGUGUAGGUUACAACUCACACAUGGCAGUCAAUGAGAGACCAUUAUCUCAAAGUUUUACAUCCUAAAACAAAAAUUGAUAAGCGGUACAGUCAACUGUCCUUGUGGACAAGAGGUGGAAAAAAUUCUUCUGGUAAGAUAGAAUAGUUUUAUUGGAUUUUCUGAUUGCUCUGAAGAUGAUGGUUCUGUAAAGGACUGUUAUGGUUGACAAGAAUGUUGUUUCUAAAUUAAAAUUUGUAGGUUUUAAAGGAAAUGAAAACAAGAAACAUGACAGACAGAAAAAAACUGAGAAAAAAUUUUCCAUAACAGAGAAAGGUAAGUACAUGUAGCUCAUGCAAACAUUUCAAGUAAAGUGUAUGGCAGAGAAGUAUUUCAUCCAGUCUUCAUAUUUCAAACCACUGGACAUAAGGAAAAGUUUCUCUAGACAAUUUGGUGUCAGAUAUUCAAUAAAAAAUUGCAUUGAAACGCUGAAAAACAUUCAUUUUUGGAAAGUGGGGAAUGGCAAGACUUCUACUUUGAUACCAAUCUACUUAGCAAUGAAAAUGCCUCAGAAAUCUGAUUGGUUUUAUAUGCUGCUGGUUUUAUCUCAUUGUUGUAUAUUUUCAAUUUUCAGGGGAUGCAAGGAUAACUAGGGCUCAGGCUGCAAGGAUGAAAGAAGAAAAUGAAAAAGAUGAAGGAACAGUAAAGGAAGAUAAAGAAAAUGAGGAAGGAGAUGAAAAGACAGAUGGAAAUGGGGAAGAGAAAGUUGACACAUCACAUGAGGAUACUGACGAAACAGAUAGUGAAGCAAAAAAUGCUGCAACUACAGGUAGUCCUUAAUGAUCUUCUCUUGCUAAUAAUAAUGUUAUGUAGAGUGUGUGUAUGGCUUGAGGUCUGACUUAUUUGAAUCAAUUGAAAAUUUUGAAGCUUUAUUGAAAAUAAGAUAAUGACAAUAAUGUUAGAAAUAAUUUUGCUUGUAUCUUACAGUUAGUACAAUUUCUUGCACCUCAACCUUUCAUACAACAUACUUUGUCACCAAGCCUCAUAUAGCAAAACUUAUUGUUGAAGUGUAUUCUUGUAGUUGUCACUGGAAAAAUACAUUGAGAGGACAAAGUUCAUUCUCUUUGUUGGAAUAAAAUUUUAACAUGGGAUUUUAAAAUGUAUUCAGUUUAUUUCAUGAUAAGUUUUGUCCUGUUUUGUUAGAAAACUUUCCAGAUGUUGAAAGUACAGCUGAGGUAAGCAGUGCUGGUGAAGAUGUGGAUUAUGAUAAACAGUUUGAUGACAACCUUCUUCUAAUAGCUUACAAAAGCAAGCAAAGACCUUGUGUUAAUCAUGUUUGGGAAUCUUCUGAAGAUGAAAAUAAAACUGAAGAAAAGGAAGUCUCCUCAAGCCAAGAUACUGAUUCAAGUGUUGUGACAAGGAGGAGAAAAAAGUUAAGUGGCAAAAAGGACAAAAUGAGUGACUUUGAUGGAGAAGUUAUUUUUAGAAAGAGCCCUUCAGCGAGAAAAGGCCCUUCUGAUGAUGAGGAUGAGAAGAGGCCUUUGGCAAAGCGAAGCAAGAUGACAACCGAGUUUCCACCUGAUCAUGAAAAUGGCUCCAGGGGAAAGGAGGCAAAAGAGAUGGAAGCACAUUUACAUUUCUAUCAACAGAUGAGAAGCAACAUUGAGGUUCAUAAUGUUUGUACUUAGCAUGGACAACCUGAUGACAACUUGUUUUAAGCUAGUUUAUCAGAGCAUCCCUGUUAGAAAUAUCUGUAGCAAAGGUUCAGAUCCACCUUGAAUUGCUGAAAAAGUAAGGGUGGCUGUGAGCUCACCUGUACACUUGCACUCUGGAACACUUCUUAUUUUUAUAACUUAAGUAGAAGAAUAACCCUUGAUCUAUUGAUUGCAAUGUUUAAGUGAAAAUUGCAUCUUCAAACUAGUUUUUUAAGUUACAGGAACACUAAAAUUACUGGUUAAAAUGAAACAAAGUGAAAUAUUGGUAUCAUUGUUCCAUCAAGUAAUUGGCAUUAAAAGGAAAAAAACCAUUUUGAGCAACCUUAAAUGAAGGCUGUUUUGAACUUGCAGAAAAUGCAGUCCAAGAACAUGACAGUUCCUCAGAUCAUCCACACUUUGCUCGUCAGCUCUGGAGAUUUUGGCGAUGCUGAAAAUUAUCUUAAGGAGGGUAUGUACAGUUCUGGACUUGAUACUCUAAAGGGUAGAUGUUGCUAUCCACUGGAUACAUAGCUAUCCAGUAGAAAGCAUUUAGUCAACACUUAUCCACUGGAUGGCAAUUUAUGUAUUUGUAAUGGUUAUCCACUCUUUGAAUAAGUGGCACCUUGCUAAUUUGUGCCUGGCACAAUAUUAUACAGCACUUUUUUAAGGGAGUAAUUGUAUUUUGUGAAACUUUGUUUCAGAAUUUGGUUUGGUUCCACAUUUAUGUUUGCUUGCACUAGUUGUUUCUGUUCUAAAUGUAUUACUUCCUUCCUUAGGUAAAGAACAAUGGACACCCCAAGAGGAUAAGAUAUUGCUGAGUAAAGACAAGACAGGUAUAACCAGUCUUGCUAAGAAGAGGGGGUUACAGGCUGUUGUAGACAGGAUGAACUUCAUGGAGGGCACCAGCUAAAAAGUUUUCCACAAAAAAUCUUUCUUAGUUGCCCUAGUAAAAAUACAACAGUUUAUAUCUGGAAAAUGAACAAUUAUGAAAUAAGGUCUCAACAUCAUGUAGCAC